AAUAAACUUUGAUGUAUGCUUCAGUUCGUUAUUUAGAUUAGCAUACUACUGCGAUGGUAUCAGUUGUCUGCAUGAACCUAUAACACAUACGUUACUGACCUACCAAUUCAUUGAAGUUCAGCAAGUUCUAUCAAUUCUUUAAUUCAAACAACUCUCGUUUGCGGAGAGAUUGUGAAAUAAUUAUCAGAUAUGUCUGUUGCUGAUUUUUAUGGCUCCAACGUAGAGGUAUACCUCAACAAUGACAAUGUUGUACAAGGUGCUAUUACAAACUUUGAUGCAGCAAAUGCGGCGCUUCAAUUGAGACUCUCGGACAAUACUACAAGAAGCAUACUCACCUCGGACAUAAAAAAUUUAAGAAUUAUACCAGAUGUAUCCGGAUCACCCUCACCAUCAUCAAAAAAGAAUAGCUCAAAGUCGGCUUCCAAUACCAAUUCAGGAAGCACGCCUAACAAAACAAAAGCAAAAAAUGAUUCUUUUAAAAACCAAUGGGCCAUGGAUUGUGAUGGCGAAUUUGACUUUGCAGCAAACUUGGAGAAAUUUGACAAAAAGCAGAUAUUUGCAGAAUUUCGGGAAAAAGAUAAGAAAGACCCUACAAAACUACUUGUGGCUCACAAUAAAAGCCACCAUCCUACAAAUUAUCAUCCUAAUGAAAAUGUUUUGGAUUCUAACGAAAAAGAUAUUUCCUCAGACUCAAAAAACCCAAGCCCUUCCUUUACCAAGAAAUUCAAAAACAAUAUUGAUGCUUCCUUGGCUUCCUUGAUGAUUAAUGAUUCUUCUUCCAAAGGUUCAAAUUCUAAAGUUGAGGCAAAUCAUGAAACUCAACAACAGAAAAAGGAGUGUCAUAGUCACUUAGCUCCCACCUUUCUACAGACGCUAUCUGGUGAAAAAUUAACCACAGUAAAGCCAGAUGUUCUUUCUCAUGCUAUAGCGUUGGCUAUUGCGAAAACGAGUACAGACAUCGUUAUUGAAAAUGCUGCUCAGAUUAUUUCCCAAUUCAUAUAUUCUGUCUUGGGUGGACAUAAACGAUUCACAGCUUCCAACCAUAACUCACAGCCUUUAGUAUGUAUUGUAGUUGGUCAGCAUGACCACGCAUCAGCGGCCGUUGCUGCUGGACGAAGGUUAUGUGCUAUUGGCGUAAAUGUGGUUCUUCGUUUAUUGACGCCUUAUAACGUUGAUAACAAACAGUUACUCAUGUUUUUAGCCGCAGGAGGACAUAUACCAAAUGAAAAAUUUGACGAAUUCGUGGAUAGAUUUUCUUCACCUAUUGAGCUGAUUGUUGAUACUGUAAGCGGUUUCCACCCCGCUAAUGACAAAAAAACAACUUCUUUGAUCAAUUGGAUAAAUAAUCAGAAUGUCCUUGUACUUUCCAUUGAUAUACCUUCUGGUUACACCUGCGAACAAUCUGAUGCUGUUGUUCAACCAAAGUGGACUUUAGCUUUAGGAGCUGUAAACACUACUUUAGCAAAAGCGGCUUUUGUCGAUCAGGGUGCAGGUGUUUCUGUGUUUGUUGGAAAUCUAGGUACCGGUGUACACACUUGGAAUGAAUUGGGGGUCGCCGAUUCUCAAGUGAACGGUCAGUAUCUUACUCAAGUUAUUUGCGAGGAUUCUGAGUGAAAAUUAAAUAUCUAAAAUCAUUAAUUUAUUAUUCUGAACAGAAAUAAAUGUAUGUAAUCAUCGUGUUCGUCGGACUAGAUCAUGCUGAAAAUUGUUUACAUAAGUCUGAAAUGGGCGUCGAAAGUUAUCAGCAAAACCACACACUAUACCUUCUUGUGGUGGUUGUUGAAAACGUGAAAGUAUAUUUUGUAUUUCAUUGAAAUUGGCCGUUCCAUGCUGUAAGUCAAUCAAUACAUCCUCAACGUCUUCUAUUCCUGGACGACAAACAGGGCAUAUAUGACAACUUUCUUUCGAGUAAAACUUAUAAAAGUUGAGAAGACUAUUAACAACAUCGUUGUGAUCAUUGAGCACAAUAAGUGAUCCGUUUUUAAGACAGCAUCCAAGUGCUUCUAAAGUCUGAUAGUCCAUAGUCGUUCGUUCACAUUGCUCCUUGUUUAAUAUUCCUGAAGCUGGCCCCCCAGCAUAUACGCCAACCAGUGAAUCCCAUCCAUUCUUUACACCUCCUGCGUGUGUUUCGAUGAGUUCUUUCAACCUAGUAGAUAACUUUCCCUCUACUAUUCCUGGGUUAUUCACGUCUCCUGUGAUACAAAACAGUUUAGUUUGAUGAUUGUUUUCAACUUCGUUACUUGACAGUUCUUGUUUCAUGAUACUAGAUAAACUUGCCGCUGUCUCCAAAUUCAGCAUAAGUGUCGGUAAUCCAAAUAAACCCUUUGUAGUUAUUGGUUGAGGCAUUUGCAUUGCAAUAGGGAAAUGACCUUCAAGAGAUCUUAAUAAAGCUGACUCUUCAGAGGUGAUAUAAGUACCCGCACCCGGAUGAAUAAGAAUAUCCAGUUUCGUAUUAGUCCCAAGAAUGUCUCUUCCUAAGAGUUUGCUUCCAUAUGAUUGUACUACUGCUUUUUGUAAGUUGAUCAUUUCUGCGUAGUAAUCUUUUCGAGUAUAUAUGUAGCAAAGAGUUGAGUCUACAGCAUUAGAAGCAAUCAAUGCGCCUUCGAUGAUCUUCAACGGUUCAUAAGUCAUAAGCAUUCUAUCUUUGAAAGUCCCAGGUUCGUUUUCGGCUGCAUUUAUUACGACAAUGCUUGGCUUGCGUUUGUUUUCGCUGCUAUGACCCUUGGCCAUUUCGUCUCUUACAUUUAGCAUUUUCAGAAACGUGGGAAUUCCCGAGCUUUUUCCUUUAAGACCCGAUUUUUCUAUGGUUUUAAUCUGAGAUUAAACAUUAGUAAACCUUGUGGCAUUGAGAAUUGUGGGCUCGAUUCCCAGGAAAGAUACAUACAAUGUCAAUUGGAUCCUUUUUUAGGAUUUUUGUAAUUCCAAGUCUUGUUCGUUCAUCUAUGGCAUCUUUAAUCGGCUGUUUCUCCUUUUUGUGUAAAUUUGGAAACAGUCGCUCUUCAUGGCUAUACUGUGACAACCUUUUAACAAAGUAAUUUUGUGAAUAUAUUAAAGAGUUCCUAAAUGGUUUUCUUAGCAACAAAACCAUAGCAUUUGUUUACACUACAGGUAAAUCCAGGAUUUAUGGUUGGAUAUCUCUAGUCAAGCAGCUCCAGUGCAAUGAAAC